AUGCCUCGCCUCCCCGUUCACAGGCCCCUCCAGCAUGGAUGUCGUCAGAUACACGGGCACCAACAUUCCGACCAGCAGCGUCCCGAGAAACGUCGCGACGCGCGGCGUGAUGAGGAAGAAGACCCCGGUCAGCGCCAGCCCGCUCUCCGCAAUCAUGCCCGUCAUGUCGAUCAGGCGCUCCGGCCGCAGCAGGUUAGCUGCCACUGCCAUGCGCAGAAACAUGUUGGCCGUCUGCGUGCGGUCCCUGCCCCCACGUCGCCACCGCCGCCGGGCCACGCCGGCAACCAGCCCGUACACGAUUUCGGCGCCCUUUGUUAUCCCCAGUUGUGCCCAGAUGAGCACGUAAAGUAA